CUUGUGCAGAAACCUAGUAUUGAACAGUUUUGAGUAUUUUAUCGGAAUCAAUGGUACAGUUACAGACGUAUAAACUCAUGGGAAGGUCUGACAGUCCGCGACAGGAUUACAUGGAUCCCGACAGCAUCCUGACAAGCUAUGCGUAGUUUGUUGCCAUCGACACACCAUCCGAAAGUAUGUGUCGUCCUUUCAAUGCGGCAACAGUAAUUCCGCCAGCAUCAGGAGCGGUAACAACUAUUGGUGGUAUACCUCCUCUAAGAAUCGUCCUGUCCACACUUUGUUCCUUCCCCUCCCCGUACAAAGACAACCGUCUUUGCGUCGUUAUCGCGUUUCAUAGGUAAAUUUCUGGUCAUGUUCAAAAGCUCAUUAUCCUGCGGGAGUGCGAGAGACUCUCCUAGCUCAUUAGUGUGGAAUCAAAUGGUUCAAGGCGUGUGUGCCUGCUGUCGAUUGUGAGGUGAUGGAGUUAGUGGAGUUGGUGCUAGAUGAUCCGCGAUUUGUGGUGCUUAAAAAUUAUUGCUUAUUUUCCGGUCGUGUAUCCUUUUUUGUUUGCAUGAAUCGUUGAAAGUUUAUCUGGCGUUGUUCCUGUGAAAACCCUAGCAGGUCUGGGCGUAGUCUCUUGGGUUAAAGUUAAGGCAAUGUUUACAUAUUACAAAAUUUAAACAAAUGUUACGAAACUUUCUACUGUUGCUGCCAACACCUCAUAUAAAUUUUAACUGCCACUGACCAAAAAUUUCGUGUAUAUUGGACUCAAUAGAUGUAUUAUUGAUUGGUUGAUAAACGUGUCCACGCACACACCCACACACACACGAAUAUAUAUAUAUAAUCAUCCGCACAUACAUUAUACUACUGUGUGUGUGUUGGAGUUGAUUUUUAGGAAAAAAUUAUUUUCCAAGGAGUCAUGUCAUGGGAGAGUAUAGCAUCAAGAGAUCUUCUUAGCAUACCUCACAGUCACAAUUUAUCAGCAACACAUCUUUUGGCAUCUCCUGAUGGUUCACGGCAUCCUCUUGACAACUCCACCGAUGUAUGCCAAUUGGACGAUAGCUACUCCCGUUUGGCUGGAUAUGGAUCAAGUUUGGAUGGUACAUCACUAUGGGCUAGACAUGGGUUGACCAGGCGUAAUUCAGUCCUAGAUUGUUUUCUAGCCUGUCAACGUAGCAUUAAGCAAUAUUUAGCUAAGCGAAAGAUCGAACGUGGUCUUCGGCUGUAUGAACAGCAUCGACAAAAUGCAGCAGUCCGAACCUGGCGAAGUGCUUUGAAGGCUACUAACAGACGGGAAGACCGUUUCCAGCUCCUUGGCUACCUAUAUCAAGCUCAUAUGGACUGGGGUAAAUAUCGCGAAGCAAUUGAGUUUGGUCAUCGUCAGCUAGGUAUCUCGGAAGAAUUAGAUUCACCAACAAUGCGAGCCGAGGCAUAUUUAAAUCUAGCACGAGCACAUGAACGACUUGGUGGUCUAGAACGAGCUCUAAGCUAUGCUCGGCAUUCCCUUUACAACGAGUGCGGAACACAGUGCCUAACCGGAGGUCUUGUUCAUCUAACUGUUGCCAGGGUUUACCUUGAAAUGGGCGGUUUUUCACGAGCACUUGAAGGACUUCAAGGUGCCCAUAAAAUUGCUUCAUCAAUUGGUGAUCCUUCUUUAGAGUUACAAGUAUACGUUGCAUUAUCUGAAUUGUUUGGACGAUUACAGGACAAUGAGAAAAGUGCAAGGUAUGCAUCAAAGGCCUACGAUCUAUCACGAUCCUUACAAUUAGGUGAUUUAAAUUCAUCGCAUCAUAGGGCAGCAUUAUUACGUAUGUCGGCUGCUUUGAGAAAACAAGGAGAACUAGGCGAUGCACAUGAUUAUUGCACGGAAGCAACGAGGCUAGCUCUUCUAUCUGGUGAUCAGGCUACCUAUACUCGUAGUGUACGGAUCAUGGGAGAUAUUUACCGAAAGAAAAUGGAUAUUGACAGGGCAUUUCGCCAAUACGAACAUGCAAUGGGAACAGCAGCUGGUCUAGGUGACCGUAUGGCCCAAAUGGAGGCAAUGGAUGGUGCUGCGCGAUGUUUGGAAGCAUUACGACUUCAACAGAAAAUUUGUAACUGUCGUCCAUUAGAAUUUAAUACACGUCUCCUGGAGGUCGCUAGUUCGAUUGGUGCUAAAUUGUUGGUGCGAAAUAUACGAAUUCGAUUGGCUCAAAUUUAUCGAGCACUCGGGGAUGAAGAACAGUAUAAGACCCAAUCGCGUCUUGCGACCCAAACCGAGGCUGCUUUAGGGUUGAAUUGUGGCGUUUGUGGUGAGGUAUUUGGUGUUGAGGCUGAUUGCUUAGAAGCUUUGCCAUGUGCACAUAUUCUGCAUGCAAGGUGCGCCCAUGAGCUCCUCCGGCGAUCGGAUAAAUCCGGUUUUCGCGCAUGUCCUGCCUGUAAUAAAAUACUUAGUUCAAGGCUACAUCUAUCUGGAGAUACGUCUGGACCGACCGGAGUAGAUUCACUAACGGGAAGUAUAAAUGCAACAAAUGGUGGGGGUCUGAUUGGAACUAUUGCUGGUGGGAGCGUUCUUAAUGAUACCGGCAGUAUCAGUGCUGCAAAUGGCUUUGGUGCUGGUGCUUUUAAUAGUUUCAAUAUAAAUAUGAAUAGUUCCGGUACGGUAAAGUCUAAUGGGAAUGUCAUGAUGAAUACAACGGUACCAACGGUAGAUAAUCAACUAUUAAUAAAUCCACAGUCAUCAUCACCACGACCACUAUAUCGUAGUAACCUCUCGUUAGCAUCACUGAGCCUGCGAGCAUCAAGUUUAACUAUCGAUAGUGAGUGUCAUGCUACAUCAUCGGUUUGAAAUAUGACUGAAACGGUAAGAAAUAAAAUGGUUGAGCAUAUUUCAGGCAUGAUAUUAGUUAGCUCAUGACUGUUUCGCAAGCAUCUCGAAAAAAAAAAAAAACUUGGGAGUGUAACAUAUACACGCAUUUCUAACCGAUCUGUGCACUCCUUUUUCCUUUUUGCGCAUAAGACGCAUUGUGAUAAAUUUCAAAGUUUCAAGUCUGUCCGUAUUUUAGAAUAAUGAAAUCAUUUCAUGAAACCUUCGAUCAAGGGUUGGAACUACUACUACCCCCCCCCCCCCCCCCCUUAAAUUGAGUCAAUCCAUGAUUUUUAUAGUACUUACUCGAAAAAUUCGUUGUUCAUAUCCAUCUAUGCUGAAAGAUACAAUCAUGGGUUAUUCACUCACAAAAAAUAUUUUCUUGUUAUUAGACGCACGUUACAAAUAUAAUAUUUUUUCUAAUGAGGUGCGAAAUGAAAAGCUUAAAAAACAAAAACAACAUUGUAGAUAGUAGGUAUGAAUUUAUUUUUGUAUUCCCCCACACAAACGCUUAACUAAGGAACUUAAGAUGAUAAACCUACAUAGAUGGUGUUAGGACGCACUCGUUAGUUAGGAAAUAGAAUGAAAUAAAUAGAGUUCAAUUAUUAGGUCCGUAAUUACAAAUACACUCACAUAUGUUCAUAAAUGAUAGUAAAAAAAAAAAUAAAUUUGAAAACCAAGAAAAUAUAGACAGAAAAUUCAAGUAAAAUCAUAAUAAUUCAAUCAAUUCUGAGGGUCCUUCAGUAUUGGAAUAGGAAGUAUAAAUUAUAGAAAAAAUGUUUUAAAGGCAACGAAAUUUAAACAUGAACUUACUAUACCACAAUGCAUGCAAAGUCAGAUGGAUGGUAAGCAAAAAUAAUCAGAAUUUUUAUUUUAACUAUAGACAAGAG